AGCUUUUUAGAUAUCUUAAUUAAAGUCAGGAACCGACACAAUGAUGUUGUUCCUACCAUGGCCCAAGGAGUUAUUGAAUACAAGGAAAAAUAUGGAUUUGAUCCUUUUGUGAGCAGUAAUAUCCAAUAUUUUUUAGAUAGGUUCUAUACUAAUCGCAUCUCAUUUCGCAUGCUUAUUAAUCAGCACACACUGCUUUUUGGUGGGGUCACCAAUCCUGCUCAUCCCAAACACAUUGGGAGCAUUGAUCCUACUUGUAAUGUGGCCGAUGUAGUAGAAGAUGCCUUUGCAACUGCCAAAAUGUUGUGUGAGCAGUAUUAUCUAGUAGCACCUGAAUUGGAAAUUGAAGAAUUCAAUGCUAAAACACCAGGCAGGCCCAUUCAAGUUGUCUAUGUACCCUCGCAUUUGUUUCAUAUGCUUUUUGAAUUGUUUAAGAAUUCAAUGCGAGCUACAGUGGAGCUACAUGAAGGUAAAUGUGAAAGCUAUCCAUCAAUUAAAACAUUAGUCACUUUGGGAAAAGAAGACCUAUCAAUAAAGAUAAGUGAUAAAGGUGGUGGUGUGCCUCUGAGAAAAAUAGAUCGCCUUUUUAAUUACAUGUAUUCAACUGCUCCCAGGCCUAGUUUGGAACCAUCAAGAGCUGUACCUUUGGCUGGAUAUGGGUAUGGUCUGCCAAUUUCUCGUCUUUAUGCUCGAUAUUUUCAAGGUGACCUCAAACUAUACUCUAUGGAAGGAGUGGGUACAGAUGCUGUAAUCUAUUUGAAGGCUCUUUCGAGUGAAUCAUUUGAAAGACUACCAGUUUUUAAUAAGUCAGCUUGGCGACAUUACAAAACCACUCCAGAAGCGGAUGACUGGAGCAACCCUAGCAGUGAACCCAGGGAUGCCUCCAAGUAUAAAGCUAACAGAUAAUUCAUCAACAUUUUCACCUUGAUAGUGAUACAUACUUGCAUUCAGAAAUGAGUCUCUGCUUUGUUUCAGUUUCCAAAAUCCUCUAAAUCUAUAGCAGCCAAUUAUUUCUUUAGAAAGAUCUGUUACAUGAUUUGAAAUAGCAAGAACAGAGGACUUUGAAGGACUGGCAUUAUGCAUUUUUGGUGUGAGUUGUUGUAAUUACUUUGCCAAAACAUGCUUGAUUAGUAAGUCACAAAUUACAGAGAGGAUUGCACUGUGACUGCAGUUAGAUUAUAUACUUAUAUAGUAAAAGGAUACUAUUUUUUAAGAUCACUUUCUAGUCCUGUGUAAGAAUUGAAAAAAAGGUUUUGACUUGUUAUUUGACAGUAGUGUCUUGCACAGCAAUAUAAUGCAACAGACAAAUUCUUGUGUACUUGAAUGUGUGCAUAGAAAACUCACAUUGCUGCAUUUUUAUAUGGCACUAUGUAAUCCAUUAUCUAAAAAAAUCCCCACCAUUAUGGGGGAUUGUCAGAUCCUAUAUCAGUAUAUGAUUAGUUGAUCAAAAAUCCUUAGGGCUUUAAAUGUUAUGUUUCUAAUUCCACAGUUUCAAAAGCCAGUUUAUUUAAUAUUGAUCUAAUUUUCUUGGAAAAUAGUGAGACUUUCACUUUGCAGUCAUUAUCCUGAUAAAGUUUUCCUUUUUUAGUCAAUAACUUCAAUAUUGUAAUGUGUAAACUGCUUCUUCUACUAGGCCCAAACUUAUUGAAAAAUAAGACAAUGAUGCUUUAUAAUUGAAGUAUUUUCUACUGAUCAUAAAGAGAUUAAUUUCAAAUGUUGGCUUCAUCACAUCAGAUAAUUAAUUUAUAGUAUUAAUGUUAAUAUGUUAGUUAUUUGAGACCCAUUUAUAUUAAAAUGAAAAAAUUAACAGAAGGAUGCUAAAAGGAAGGACAAAUAUUGUUAGAUUAAAUAUUCAGCAGCACACUGAGAUAAAUGUCUAAAAAUUGUUUAAGGAAGUUUUUUUUUAAAUGGAAACAAAGAAUAAAGGUAAAACAGAGGACACAUUUGAAUGAUACUGCCUCUGAUGUUAUGACUAGAAAUAGAGUUUGAUUUUUGAAGCAGUCAAGUAAGAAUUCUGGUAAUAUUUUUUCACAGAAGCAAUGCUAAAGCGAGGAGAGCUCCAGAACACACAAAAAUUCUUCAUUAUCUGUAGAUUGUAUUAUGUUUAUGUUGUUUUGAUAAUAAGAGACUAUGAACAAAUUUUUAAUACAGUUUGUUCUGAUACGGAAAUAAGGAGAAAGUUAUUACGUUGAUUUUUUGCCUAGAUGAUUCAAACUACUAUGCCAAUCUAUAUUUAAAUGUAGCAAGAAUCUUAAUACUAAUUAAAACAGAGUACCCCAGUUGCAAUGAGGCAUCUGUAACUUUGUUUUAAAACUUACUUGGAUUACAUAUUUCUGUCACUAAUUAUAUGUGCAUUUUAAUCAUGUUUAUUAAUUUUAUGCUGUUGCCUUCUUUCUGAACAACAGAAAUCCUUUGCACUCUGGAAAAAAAAAAAAAAAGAAUUAGUUCUAUGUAUAUUUCCAGUGGCUCACAAUUUAUUUAAAGGGAAAAUAAUAUAUAGAGUGAUGAACAAACUAACAGAAUAAUAUCAUAUAUCAACUUUUAGAACUCCUAAUCUAUCUUGUGUGUAAAACUGCUAAUCUUACUGGGAUAAAGUAUCUCAGUGCACCUGAAAAGAGACAGACAUACAGACAGAAGUAGUAAAUUCUUUGCUUUUCUUUUGCUGGAAAGAAUAAGAAUGAAAAAAAAAUGGGUUAGUCACUGUAAGGUACAUUCAGAUCUUCUUCCAGAAGAUUUGGGGAUGAAUACUAUUCAAUUGAAAGCCAGUUGGUGUAGUGGUUAAGGCAUCAGGCUAGAAAGUGAGAAAUGUCAAGUUUUAGUCCCACCUUAGGCAUGAA